AUGGAUGUUUCUUUCUUUGAGCUGGGCAGCAACUCAGUUCUUAGCAUCUCAAGCAUCAAAAGUUUUCUUCUCCUUCAACUUCAAACACUUUUGAGGUCCUUUUCCUUGUUAAACAGAAGUAUGGGUUUUCGUUUUUGGGGUAUUAUUAAAGCUAAGAAAGCUCUUCAACAUCUUCCAAUUACUGCAAACCAAGAAACUUCAGGGGCCUUAGAAGUUCCAAAUGGCUGCUUUGCAGUUUAUGUUGGACAAAACCAGAGGAAGCGUUUUGUGAUACCACUAUCAUUCUUGAAACAGCCUUUGUUCAUUGAUUUGCUGAGUCAAGCUGAAGAAGAAUUUGGAUUUGAUCAUCCAAUGGGUGUUCUUACAAUUCCCUGCAGUGAAGACACCUUCAUUGAUACCACUGAUCGCUUAACCAGGUCAUCAGGCCAGGAGUACUAUCUUCUUAUGGGCAUUGACAGAAUUUGUUUGGCAAGCUGUCUAAAGCAACAAGUGCUAGAGAAAGUGAGUCUGGACCUGUUGGAUAACAAAGCAUGUGAUAGCCUUGUGACCUUGUCCCUCACAGAGCCCUAUCUAGUUUCCUCUUGGUCAUUACUCAGAGAUCAGAGAUCACGUGUUCUUGUAUAA